GGGAAAACAAGAUGGUGUCCGGACUGGACAACGGCUCCUCGGGGUAGGGCAGUCGAGCCCAUUCAUGUCCAAAGCCCUCUCACGGCCCAACCUGAUGUCUAGGUGUGUUAGGAAUCUAUAUCUCCAACAUUGCAGCUUCCGCUCCGCUACCUCCUCGUCAACUGGGUACACUAGCAGCACAUGAGUCGCCAGGCUGCCGAAAUCGAACCCAGCAACCCCAAAACCCCAACACAUUGACUAGGGCACAUGAGCUCAGGUCUUUACGCCAUGGAUAUCGGAACUGCCAUCGCAACAGGGACUCUGGUCUACCAGUUCAUUAGCGCCUGCGCCGAGUUUUCGUCCAAGGCUGGCGCUCUCGCAAUGGGCAUCUCCAUGGACAUGAGGGGUCUCCAAAACGUCCAGGAAUACUUCGACAACCGGAGGCAGCAGCAACAGAACCACAUACUGUCCAACGAUGACGAGCAGCUGCUUCAGGAGAUAUCAAGACAUCUCAAGGGCUUGAUGGACAAAGCGCCCCGGAGCCUCAAGGCACUUCGAAGCACAGGCGUCAGCAGAGCCGCCCUCGCCUUGACUUGGUUUAUCAGGCGGUCCGAAUUUUUACAACUACAUAACGAUCUUCGUGACAUGUUGGAUAGGCUAGACGUGAAAGUCAUUCGUCUCCCGCCCGAGGUCCGCACCGCCAUUCGGCUCGACAUCCCACCUGAAGGACCGGGCCGAGUACCAGCCCCAGCUAUCAUCCGAAGCAACGAGGGCCUCCGGCGUUUUGUCCAACUCGAGCCAGAUGACAAAAAGAAACUAGGCCUGGGAAUGCGGCUGAAAGAUGCCAGCCAGCUAGAUCUACUUCUCGCCGAUUCACCCGACCUCCGCAGUUUCCCUGUGAGCUUCAAAGACAGACAGCUCAUUUUCGCCGCCCGCAGUGUAUCGGAGAACGUUGCCUCAGAGACGUCCGCUUUCAACAAGCUCGAAACGGAUGUUGGCAUCCUCGCUGCAGCGCUCAACUACCUUGAUCCUGCGGCCGACAUCCGGCUGCUCAAGGUAGAAUUCUACCACUACCACGCCGAGAGCCGCCAAUUCCUCUUUGCCCAUUAUGCCCCGUACCGCACCGACCUUGUCACGACGCUGAAGGAGCGUAUCAGGACCGAUCCCUUCCCCGAGGUCCAAGUACCUCUGAACCAGCGACUCAAACUUGCGUACAAGCUAGCCGAGGCCGUCUUCUUCCUCCAUGCUGCCGACUACGUGCACAAGAACAUCACCCCGUCGAGCGUUGUGUCAUUCCGCAAGUGGGAGGAAGAGGAACCGGACGAGCCGAGCACUGAUCUCGAGGACGCUUACCUCAUGGGCUACGACUUGAUCCGCGCGAUCGAGGCGCGGACCAGGAAGGAAGGUGCUAUCAAGAGGGACGGGGACGAGCGGUCCAUCUGGGAAUUUGACCUCUAUCAGCACCCGAAACGGCAGCUGGGAAAGGACAGCAAGAAAUACGCCAAGGAGUUUGACGUGUACAGCCUGGGCGUUGUUCUACUCGAGAUAGGAAUGUGGCAACCCCUGGAGUCUGUGGCACUGCGGUUGGACCAAGGAGACCCCAAAAGCUGGGCCGGUUACCUUGUUGACAUUGCUACAGAGCAGCUGAAGCCGGUUGUGGGAGAAAGGUACUGCAAGUUGGUUUCCUGGUGUCUCAAGCUUGACAGCAAUGAUGGGAUGAAAGAGACUGAUUUCGUUGCUAAUCUGCUGGAUCCGCUGGAGGAUAUGGUCAACGCGCUAUCUUAGCACUGUGGUAAAAUAACCGGUUCCGUUAUUUGCUGCGUUGGGAAAUUAAGUGAUUAUGAAAUAGAGAUUGAGUUGACGAUAGUUAAUUCCAGCUCAAAGCCACUUAUAUAUAUCGCAGUAAGAGAGCUGGUCGGUUUGAACAUGUUCAAAAUAAAAUAUCACUUAUGAUCUAAUUGUUGAGUGUUUUCCAUAUAUAAUGACUCUGGUAGCUCGCUUAACAUAGAACUAAGAUGGCUAUCUUGGGGUCACCUCUCUACAACG